CUUUCACAUGCUUGUGCUCCUGGAAGAUGACUGAAGAUCAAAAAGCAGGCGCUCCAGACAUGUUUUGCACAUAGAAAUAUCGGGCCAAUCAGUAGACGACUCACAGGUUCGGCAAGUCAUAGCCCGAGCAAACGGAAAGUCUUGCCCCGAGAGUCGAAGAUCUGGAGAACAGACUUCCGCCGAAUCACUCCAUCUCUCAUCCUCGCCAUAACAUCUGCCGGCAUGCCGCUGCGCUUCCCCCGAACACCAUGUGAAGUCUCCCGAGUAUCUUCGAGAUACUCGAACGCCUUUGUAGCCUCGCGAUCCUUCUGGUCACGGACCGCGCCCACCGCCGCCCCCGUGCUAACCCGGCCUGAAAUCUAUGAUGUCGUGUGCGUUGGUGGCGGUCCGGCAGGAUUGAGCUUGCUCAGCGCUCUUCGUGCAUCUCCCAAGACUGCGAACCUCAAAAUUGCUCUCGUCGAGGGACAAGACCUCAACAAAUCACCGGUCCAGGCCGAAUCGACAACCUUUUCCAACAGAUGCAGCUCUUUGACCCCUGGCUCGGUCAACUUUUUAAACGACAUCGGAGCAUGGGACCACAUCUCUGCAACCCGUGUGCAGCCAUAUCAGGCUAUGCAGGUGUGGGAUGGUGUCUCUGGAAGCAGCAUCAGUUUCGAUCCUUCAACAACACCAUCGGGUGUACCAGACACGGUGGCCACUAUGACCGAGAACACCAACCUGACAUCAGCUCUUCUGGCUCGCUUAAAUAAGCUGCCUUCAAUCGACAUUAUGGACAAGACACGCGUGGAGGGAAUUGAGCUUGGGAAAGAGACAGAAGACAUGGACUUGUCCAAUUGGCCCAUCGUGUCAUUGAACAACUCGCGCAAGCUGGCAGCACGUCUGCUUGUUGGUGCCGACGGUGCAAACAGUCCCGUCCGCACGUUUGCUGGUAUUCCUUCGCGCGGCUGGGACUACAAUCGCCAUGGUGUCGUAGCUACUGUGCAGGUCGAGGGUGCCAACUGGGGUCAAAAUGGCCCCAGAACAGCAUAUCAACGCUUCCUUCCUACUGGUCCCGUUGCACUCUUACCUCUCCCUGGCAACGUAGCCACCCUGGUGUGGUCAACAACACCGGAAAAGGCAGCUUUGCUCAAGUCGCUCAGCAGCGCUGACUUCAUCGCGAUGGUGAAUGCGGCUUUCAGACUCUUGCCAGUCGACCUGGAUUACUUGCAUACCAUGAAGUCCGGUCACGCCGAUGAGUUUGCCUGGCGUGAAGCUAAUACCGCUUUCAACUCUGAGCGCAUUCCACAGAAGAUUUCUGCUGUCCAGGAUGGCAGUAUUGCUUCGUUCCCUUUGCGUAUGCGUCAUGCUGACACCUACAUUGGCCAUCGUGUCGCUCUUCUCGGAGACGCCGCUCAUACCAUUCACCCUCUCGCUGGCCAAGGUCUUAACCAAGGUCUCGGUGAUGCCAAAUCGCUUGCUAAGCACAUCAGCUUCUCGCUAUCUGUCGGCAAGGACAUUGGCAGCAAUUGGGCACUCGACGCAUAUAACGCCGAGCAGUGGUCAAAGAACAAUGCCAUGCUCGGUACUGUAGAUAAGCUGCACAAGCUCUACAGUGCUGGCAGCGGUCCAGUCGUUUGGGCAAGAAGUCUUGGACUAGAUGCUGUUGAUAAGUUGGGCUUCCUCAAGAGUUUCUUCAUGCGCCAGGCGGCGGGAAAUUAGCCUCGAGUAAUACUCAAAAUGUGUACACUACUCUAUAGAUUAUGACAAACAAGCUUGUAUUUUUAUUCCUUCUGGUGUUCUUGAGCCGGCGC